AUGGAUAUCAUUCUGGAGAUUUGGGACACCUUCAUUGGUGAUCAUCUCUAUUCCACUCUCCUCCCUACCUCCGUCGCCGCCUCCGUCUCCCUGCCGGCCUUCAUCAAUGCCAACAGCUCGCUGGCCCUGUUCGGCAACGGCGACUCCUUCGUCUACGAGCCGGCCACCCAGUUAUUCCGGUUGGAACCCUCUCAGUAUGCCUACCUUAGUGCUUGGCCGCGGGAUAAUAUGUACCGCCAAUUCAUGAGCUUCUUCCUUAUCACCUGGAUCUUCGGUCUUCUCGUCUACUUUGUGGUUGCCACGUUGUCCUUCAUUUUCGUUUGGGAUAAGACAACAUACAAUCACCCCAAAUUCCUGAAAAACCAGGUUGCCCUGGAAAUCAAACAGGCCAUGUCCUCCAUGCCCCCCAUGGCUCUGUUGACCGCGCCGUUCUUCGUGCUUGAGGUUCGAGGCUAUGCCAAACUCUACGACACCGUCGCCGAGGAACCCUUCCCGUAUUAUAGCAUUCUCCAGUUCCCUAUCUUUAUCGUCUUUACCGACUUCUUCAUCUACUGGAUCCACCGGGGUCUACACCACCCAAGCGUCUACCGGACUCUACACAAGCCGCACCACAAGUGGAUCAUGCCAAGUCCCUUCGCCUCCCAUGCCUUCCACCCCUUGGAUGGCUGGUCCCAGAGUGUGCCGUAUCAUGUCUUCCCGUUCAUCUUCCCUCUACAGAAACUGGCAUACGUCUUUCUGUUCGCCUUUAUCAACCUCUGGACUGUUUUUAUUCAUGAUGGCGAGUAUGUAGCCAACAGCCCCGUGGUCAACGGCGCCGCCUGCCAUACUAUGCACCAUCUUUACUUCAACUACAACUACGGCCAAUUCACCACCCUGUGGGAUCGCUUGGGUGGUAGCUACCGGAAGCCCAACGAGGAGCUCUUCCGCCGGGAGACCAAGAUGGGUGACAAGGAGUGGAAACGCCAGGCCAAGGAGAUGGAAACCAUUCUCAAGACCGUGGAAGGCGAUGACGACCGCAGCUAUUCUGCUGACACCCAGCAGAAGAAGGACCUGUAA